UCUCGCUCACUGUCUUUGGUUGAGGUUUACAGGUCAAAGGUUAUCCACGCGGAUAUAUUGUAUUUUCUUUUUCCAGAUCAUUGUUAAUCCAUUGAAAUAAAGGGCAGUGACAUGGGGAAGAAUAAGAAAAACAAAACCAACGAGUCCGGAAAACAAGUGGACAAGUCCGGCCGACAUUCAAGUGAUAAGAAGCUCCAACAGAGAGAUGGUAAAGCCAAACCAGAUCACAUGGAACACAUCCCAUUUAAGCUGCGAGAGAUAAUGAAAAACAAAGAGAAGAUGAAAACGGGAUCCAUGAAGGCCAAAAAGCGAAAAGAAGCCAUCUCCCCCAAAGGGAAACCAGAGGAUGUGAAGAGUGGAGACAUACCCGUCCCACAUUUUAAGAGGGGAAAGUCAGAAAGUGUAAAGGCAUAUCUGCAGCGCAUGGAGAACGAGACCCAGCACGUCCUCUUCCUCACCAAGAACCAAAUCGACAGGAAGCCGGAGCUGGAUGCAGACGGACAAGAGGGUCCCACAGACAAGGGCAAGUCUGAGAAAAAGAAGGGGCACGAUACAAUCAGAUUACAGAAGCUACAGCAGAAAAAGUUGGACAGACAAGUGGCCCAGAUCGAGAAAGAGAUGUUUAUAGAUACGGUUCCCUUUGGUGAAGUUGCAAUGGCCCCACCCUUUCUGAGUGCCAAACCCAAGAAAGCUCCCGUCAAAUCUCAGAAGGUGCCAAAGGAGCUGCUUCUCAACUCUCUCCUGGGCCACGCGGUGGUCUCCACAACCACGCCCUCCAUGGCCAGGCAGAGAAUCAUGGAGGAGGAGAGGAAGCGAGUAGUGGAGGCUUACCGUCUUCUUAAGAAAGAGAAACAGAAGCAGCACGAGGCCAGGGCGUCCAAUCUAGAAAAACUCAGGAACCCUCAGUGACACGGAUCGUGAGAUAACCACCAACAGACUGUUUGUGUUAUGUAACUUUGGAGCUGGCCAUAAUGUAGCCGUCAGGGAAAGAAGCAAACAUUUGCAUCCACUGCCCACAGUAUGAGGUAAGCAGUGAUCAACAUUCACCUGCAACUUUAGCUCCAAAUAUAACAGGACGUUCACAUUGUUAAUGCCUGUUUAUGUCUUUUUAUAAGAAGACAAACUCAUCACCCCUAAAUAAAUACACUCAGACUGGUGACUUUGUCGAAUUCUCACCACUGUAAUUGUGUCUGAUUUUUCACUCACAAGUGUAUUUUUUUGUAUUUGCAUCUUUAGGCAGCCACUAUGACAUCAUCAGUUAUGUGGUAGACCAUGAAUUAAUAAAGGCCAUGUCAAGGCAAAGAUGAACCUUCAAUUGUUUGCUGUGGUCCCACUAGAUGGCAGUCCGCCUGCCGACAGCCGACAGAAUAUGCAGACUUUAAAGUGAAAAUGUUUUUUUUGGAAUGCAAAUCGUGCCUAUUUAUAAAUGUGAAUUCAUACCUUUUUUUUUUUUAGAAUUAGAAUACUUUCAAACCAUGUCUCCCUUUGUACCUCCCGGAGAGCCUGAAUCCCGAGAUCAAUAAAUCACAUCAGCUGUCAUUA